CUUGGUUGAGGGCAAGGGCAGCUUCCUGUCGGCUUCAGCCCGGCAGAGAGCGCCGGGCGCGGCCGCCAUCUUGGCUGAGGGCAGGGCCUCGGCGGGGCGGAGGGAGAAGGGGAUUCCACAAAAAUUCCGCGGAGGAGCGGCCAGAGACCCGCGCGGCCAUGGGGAGGAUCGGGCUGCAGCUCCGAGCCACGCUGGAGAACAUCACCCGGCUGCGGGCCGAGGGCGAGGACUUCCGAUGCUGAAAUGUGGGAACUGCGGCGAAGUCUCUGAGAAGUGGCAGUACCUGCGGCUCAUGGACAGCGCUCCCCUGAAGGGUGGCCGAGGCAGUGCCACGAUGGUGCAGAAGUGCAAGCUGUGCUCCAGGGAAAACUCCAUCGAUAUUUUAAGUCAGACAAUCAAGCCCUACAAUGCUGAAGACAGUGAGAAAUUCAAGACAAUAGUGGAGUUUGAAUGCCGAGGUCUGGAACCGGUUGACUUUCAACCCCAGGCAGGGUUUGCUGCUGAAGGUGCAGAAUCUGGCACACCUUUCAAUGACAUAAACUUGUUGGAAAAGGAUUGGAAUGACUAUGACGAAAAAACAAAGGAAUCUGUUGGAAUCUACGAAGUUACCCACAAAUUUGUAAAAUGCUGAAGUUCACAGCCCUAAUAAAUCUUGACAUGCUCAUUGAUGGAGGAGCUGUAUCCCUCAGAUACAGUUUCCUUGGAGUUUUACUUUUUUUACAGGGCUGCACUUCAGAAACCCAAGUUCAUAGAAUCGUUAAGGCUGGAAAAGACCUCCAAGAUCACCGAGUCUGACCUUUGACCAACAUCACUAAGUUGUACUUACUGUCCCCAGCAUUCCCCAAUAAAAUACUUUCCACAGAGCA